CGCCGAUGCAGACCGGAUCCGAAGUCGUUACUUGACGUAUUCACCGCACCAGAUCAGCGCCAAGAUGGCAUUAAGUGUCAUGGCCUUUUCCGGUUCACGCUAGCCGCAACGAGGACGUGAAUAAACGUAGGGGUUAUUUCGGGUGAACCAUGGCGGAUUUAGAAACGUUUGACGAUGUUGUGAUCACAAAUGUGGACACUCUGCCGGUAGCAUUAUCGGCAGAGUUGCCAGAGAUCAAAUUGUUCGGUCGUUGGAACUGUGACGAUGUUCAGGUCAGCGACAUGUCUCUUCAGGACUACAUUGCGGUCAAAGAAAAGAACGCCAAAUACCUGCCUCAUUCCGCCGGCAGAUACGCCGCCAAACGAUUCCGUAAGGCUCAGUGCCCCAUUGUCGAACGUCUCACCAACUCUUUGAUGAUGCACGGUAGAAACAACGGCAAAAAACUCAUGGCUGUGAGGAUCGUCAAGCACGCCUUUGAGAUCAUUCAUCUCCUUACCGGGGAAAAUCCCCUCCAGGUCUUGGUGACUGCCAUCAUAAACUCUGGACCCCGUGAAGACUCCACCAGAAUCGGUCGUGCUGGUACAGUACGUCGUCAGGCGGUCGAUGUGUCGCCUCUGCGACGUGUAAACCAAGCUAUUUGGUUGCUGUGUACAGGAGCGCGCGAAGCUGCUUUCCGUAACAUUAAGACAAUCGCCGAAUGCCUGGCUGAUGAGCUUAUCAACGCCGCCAAAGGAUCGUCAAACUCCUAUGCUAUUAAGAAGAAGGACGAAUUAGAACGUGUUGCUAAGUCCAACCGAUAAACAGCACAUCUUCUCAAAUACUGCUUGCGUAUCGAAUUCAGAUUCAAAAUCGUACACAGGUGGUUGUUUAAUAAAUAAAAAAUCGAAAAAUAA